AUGGCGGACCCUUCUCCUAAGCGCAAGGACGAAGGCGUCGUUUCGCCCGUCGGCAUGGUGAUUGAGGAGCCGGCAUUCCCCAAUAUUCUUGGUCAAGAACCGAUUUCCACGCCCACAUCCAUGAAAAAGACGGACAUCACAGACAUGGCGCCUCCAAAACACGCAGACCAGACACCGCAAAGCCCUUCUGGUUCCAUGGGAAAUGCCCAGGAUUAUUUCGCGCCACAUUCGCGACCAACACAGCAGCGAUGGGCGACAGAGCGACCAAAGCCCUCGGUGAGGCACACACUUUUGGGCAGAACGCAACGUCCGCGCAAAAAAAGGCCUGCACAACCAGACCGCACUGCUACCAUUACCUUUGACCCAGACUCCGACUCGUCCGAUUCUUCCGACGACGAAAGAAUAUACCCCAGCAAAAGCCUAGGACAUGCCGACGACCUGACGAAGCAAGCGAGUCAAAAACCGCGCGAACGAUCCGGUCCAUUCUCCCGCCUCAAAAUCGCGAACGAGCAUUUCAAUACAAAGGGCAGAGUGUCGAGGGCGGACGGUCGUUUGAAGCUCAGCAUUCUGGAAGAGAAUCUGAGCAGUGGGUACAUUGCAAAGGCGCUGGGCACGGCAUUUAGAAAGCAUGGCAACAAGGACGAGGAAGCAGAGAGCUAUGGCGACAUUAGCGCCACCAAGAUAGCCCCAGAAGACGAUGAAAUGGAACAUGAUCUUUCCAGGCGCAUCAAGCUCAACAUUGUGAUUAUCAUCAUCGGCUCACGCGGUGACAUCCAACCUUUCAUUCGGAUAGGCAAGAUCUUGAAGGAGGACUACGGGCAUCGCGUUCGGCUGGCAACACACCCAGCGUUCAAGGAUUUUGUAGAGAAGGAUUCAGGGCUGGAGUUUUUCUCUGUUGGGGGCAACCCUGCUGAGCUCAUGGCCUUUAUGGUGAAGAACCCGGGCCUGAUUCCGAAUAUCGACACCAUCAAGGAGGGCGAGAUAGGCCGCAGAAGAGCUCAGAUGUACGAGAUGUUCCAGGGCAUGUGGCGCGCUUGCAUCAAUGCAUCCGACGAUGAGACGGACAAGAUGAACGCGAAAAUGAUGGGCGACAAGGCUCCAUUCGUUGCGGACGCGAUUAUCGCCAACCCACCCAGCUUUGCACCGCAGCACAUAGCCGAGAAGCUCGGCAUACCGCUUCAUAUGAUCUUUCCCUAUACACCCACGAGCCAGUUUCCCCACCCUCUUGCCAACAUUAGAGCCAGCAACGUCGAAGCCACCUACAGCAAUUUCAUGUCUUAUCCACUUGUGGAGAUGAUGAUGUGGCAGGGCCUCGGUGAUCUCAUAAACCGCUUUCGAACUCAGGUUCUGCAUCUCGAAGAAGUCAGCAGACUGUGGGCGCCAGGUCAGCUCUACAGACUGAAAGUGCCGUAUACUUACAUGUGGUCACCGGGUCUCAUCUCCAAGCCAAAGGAUUGGGGCCCAGAGAUUGACAUUUCUGGUUUCGUUUUCCUGGAUCUCGCCUCCUCCUUCACUCCUCCGGACGAGCUGAAGAAGUUUCUGGAUGAUGGCGAGCCACCGGUGUACAUUGGCUUCGGAUCGAUCGUGGUCGAUGACCCUGACCAAUUUACCAAUCUCAUCUUUGAGGCUGUGAAGAUGGUUGGAUGUCGCGCUCUGGUAUCCAAAGGCUGGGGUGGCUUCGGUUCCAAUGCGGACUGUCCCGACAACGUCUUCAUGCUCGAAAACACACCGCACGACUGGUUGUUCCCUCGGUGUAGUGCUGUCAUACACCACGGUGGUGCUGGAACAACCGCCAUUGGUCUCAAGUGUGCGAUACCGACCAUGAUCGUGCCUUUCUUUGGCGAUCAACCGUUUUGGGGCGCGAUGGUCAGCAAGGCCAAGGCAGGAGCGCACGAAUGCAUACCCUACAAGAAACUUACCGCCGAGCGUUUGGCAGAGGGUAUCAAGCAGUGUCUCACUGAUGAGGCCAAGGAGAAUGUCAAGAAAAUUGCCGACAGCAUCGCAAAGGAAGGUGAUGGUGCCCUCAAUGCUGUGCGCUCAUUCCACAGAUCUUUGCCGCUCCAAGGAGAGGGAAGUAUGCGUUGCGAUUUCCUCGACAAUCGCGCUGCGGCUUGGAAAAUCAAGAACACGAAUGUCAAACUCUCUGCGCUGGCGGCCGAGAUCCUUGUCGAGAAGAAGAAGCUCAAAUGGAGCGAGCUACGUCUUGUUCGGCACUAUGAGUGGAACGACUUUGGCGGGCCCGGCGAGCCCAUUACAGGUGUCUGGGGUAGUCUGAUGUCCUCGUUCUCAGACGCAGCAGCUGGCGUUGGGGGUAUGCCCGUCGAGAUGGGCAAAAGCAUAAGAAAGAGGGAGAAGCUGAAAGCAAAGAAACGCAUCGUUCAGAAGCGAAAUGAGCAUAAGAAGGCGACACUUUCCAAGGCGAACAGCAACUCACCCGAGGGCGCAGUGGAAAGAGGGGAACAACAACAGGGCGGUCGACCGAAACCUACUCGCGAUAACACGACGCUUUCCAGGAUUUCGGAACCCGAAGAAGAGCUGGCUGAUGAGCUUGGGCGCGAAGCUGCAUUUGGGUUCAGGAAGACUGGGCAUGCCAUUGCUCGUUUUCCGAUGAACUUGACUCUUGCUGUCACACAAGGAUUCCACAACGCCCCACGUCUAUACGGCGACGAGACGGUCCGCCGUCCCCCUCGGGUCACCGGGUUCCAUUCUGGCACCCGUGCUGGCCGCGAUGAGCUUGUAUAUGGUGUCAUGGAUGGGGUCACAGGUCUCGUCACUCAACCCUACAAUGGCGCCAAGAACAAUGGUCUUGUAGGCGCCCUCCGAGGUGUUGGUUUCGGCAUCGGCGGCUUUGUCCUUAAAGACAUUGCAGCCUUCAUGGGUCCCUUGGCGUACACCAUGAAGGGCCUUGAUGCAGAAUACAUGAAACGCUACCAACCGACCAACUAUCUCCGCCGAGCCCGCAUUGCCGAAGGUCAACAGGAACUCCAAAUGCUCGACUCUGAAUCGCGCGUCGCAGUCGCCCAGGAAGACCAACACGGGACCAACAACAAAAUGACCCAGGGGAAGCGCCAAGUGGAAGAAAACGUCACCAUACGCUGGAAUGCCCUCCAACAGACUAUAGCACAGGAGAAAAUGCAGCAUAAGAACGGUAUCAUCGGAUCUCUUACCGGUCGUGGUGAUGUGAAAGAAGGCCAACGGGUGGGUCGGAAAAGCACUGAGACCACGAAACGCGACCCGAAGCGAUCUUACGAACACGGCAAAGCGAGUACGUGGGCGCCAAAUGAGAAACCAGGACAACAGGUUGAUGCAGAUGCAUCGACAAAGGUUCUGGAUCCGGGCAAUGCAAGAAGGAGCGUGGACGGUCACGCAAGAGGUGCAACGAUGAACAGGAUGAGUACUGCGCCCAUCACGUCAGUGGAACGUGGGGAACAUGGGUAUAGGGAUAAGCUGCAGAUUCCGACGAGGCCUUCCGCAGAUGGUUCGGACAGCACGAAAGUCGGCGGGGAGCCUUUAGAAUUGGGAGCUGUAGAACACAAGACUGGAAGGAGUUUGAGCAUCGAUGGGCGAAAGGCAGAAGCGGGUGUUGUCUAGAAGACAUGGUGGCGGCGGUGGCUGUUGUAAGAUGUUUCCAUGAUUAUAUCAUUUCGACUUUUCAUUCGAAGGAUUCGCUUGGAUGGAUGCUAUGCACCUUUUGUAAUCAGAAGAUACCCUAUUAUUCAAAUACAUUGUUGAAGCAA